AUGAAUACCCACUACCACUGGGACCACGCAGGCGGAAACAAGAAGAUCCUGAAAUCGCUGCCGUCCGCGGUGCCCGUGAUUGGCGGCAAGGGCUGUGAAGCCGUAACAAAGACACCCGCGCACGGCUCGAAAUUCAACAUCGGCAAGAACAUCCAGGUCACGGCGCUGCAUACGCCGUGCCACACGCAGGACAGUAUCUGCUGGUACAUGGAGGACCAGAGCACGGGCGAGCGGGUGGUGUUUACGGGCGACACGCUGUUCAUCGGCGGAUGUGGCAAGUUCUUCGAGGGCAAUGGGGCCGAGAUGCACGUCGCGCUCAACGAGAUCUUGGCGGCCUUGCCGGACGACACCAAGGUCUAUCCGGGCCACGAGUAUACCAAGUCCAACGUCAAGUUCUUGAAGAAGGUGGAUCCGUCGAACGAAGCCGUCAAGAAGCUCGAGAAGUUCGCCGACGAGAAUCGCGAGACUCAGGGCAAGUUUACCAUUGGCCAGGAAAAAGAACAUAAUGCUUUCAUGCGCGUCCAUACGCCCGACAUGAAGAAGGUCACGGGCAAGACUGAUCCGAGCGAAGUCAUGGCUCAACUGCGGGAGCUGAAGAACUCAAGUUGA